AUGAUUGAAAUUAAAGUCCGUGUCCCAACCUCAAGUCUCUCCCAUUUGCUCUCUCUCUCUCUCUCUCUCUCUCUCAGGGUUGUUAUAAUGGCAGAGCCCUCAAAAGUCAUUCAUGUUCGUAACGUGGGUCAUGAAAUCUCAGAGAAUGACUUGCUCCAGCUUUUCCAGCCAUAUGGGGGGGUCAACAAGCUUGUUAUGCUUCGAGCAAAAAACCAGGCUCUCGUCCAAAUGCAAGAUAUUCCUGCAGCAGUAAAUGCAUUGCAAUUUUAUGCUAAUGUUCAACCGAGUAUAAGGGGACGGAAUGUUUAUGUUCAGUUUUCAUCACAUCAAGAACUAACAAUUAUGGAUCAGAAUGCUCAGGCACGAGGAGACGAGCCUAACCGAAUCCUUUUAGUUACGAUACAUCACAUGCUCUAUCCUAUAACUGUGGAAGUGCUACAUCAAGUUUUUUCUCCUCAUGGGUUGGUAGAGAAAAUUGUCACCUUUCAGAAGUCGGCUGGUUUUCAAGCUCUUAUUCAGUAUCAAUUGCAUCAGAGUGCUAUUUCUGCAAGAAACUGUCUGCAGGGACGUAAUAUUUAUGACGGUUGCUGCCAGCUAGACAUUCAAUUCUCAAACCUUGAUGAAUUGCAAGUGAACUACAAUAAUGAGCGCUCUAGGGACUUUACAAACCCUUCCUUGCCUUCAGAACAGAGGGGCAAAUCCUCUCAACCUGCGUAUGGAGAUGCAAGCAUGUAUGCCCAUGCAGUUGGAUUCCCUCAGAUGGGCAAUGUGGCGGCUAUUGCUGCUGCAUUUGGGGGAAGCUUGCCACCUGGUAUAACUGGUGCAAAUGAUAGGUGCACUAUUCUUGUAUCUAAUUUGAAUCCUGACAGAAUAGAUGAGGAUAAGCUUUUUAAUCUAUUCUCGAUAUAUGGGAACAUUGUCAGAGUCAAACUGCUUCGGAAUAAACCAGAUCAUGCGUUGGUACAAAUGGGUGAUGGCUUUCAGGCGGAGUUGGCUGUACACUUUCUAAAGGGUGCCAUGUUGUUUGGAAAACGUUUGGAGGUGAAUUUCUCAAAGCAUCCGAAGAUAACUACUGGAGCGGAUACCCAUGAGUACCUCAAUUCAAAUCUUAACCGUUUCAACCGAAAUGCGGCCAAGAAUUACCGUUAUUGUUGUUCGCCAACCAAAAUGAUCCACAUCUCCACUCUCCCACAGGAUGUUACUGAGGAGGACAUAAUAAAUCACCUGGAAGAGCAUGGAACAAUUGUUAAUACUAAACUCUUUGAGAUGAACGGAAAGAAGCAGGCUCUCGUCCUUUUGGAAAAUGAAGAGCAGGCUACAGAAGCACUUGUGUGCAAGCAUGCUACUUCCUUAGGCGGCUCAAUCAUUCGGAUUUCCUUCUCUCAGUUGCAAACCAUAUGA